AUGGACGUCAUCGGACCCAUUGAGCCACCGACAUCCAAUGGACAUCACUCCAUUUUAGUUGCCAUCGACUACUUCACCAAAUGGGUGGAAGCAAUUUCUCACAAGUCGGUGACCAAGAAGGUCGUGGCUGACUUCAUCAAGAAUAAUCUCAUAUGCCGCGUCGGUGCGCCAAAGUCUAUCAAUACAGAAAAUGGGGCUAAUCUGAACAGUCAUCUGAUAAAAGACAUCUGCAAACAAUUCAAGAUAACUCACAGGAACUCAACUGCCUAUCUGCAACAAAUGAAUGGAGCCGUAGAGGCUGUCAACCAGAACAUCAAGAGAAUCCUGCGAAAGAUGAUUGACAACUACAAAAAUUGGCACGAGCAGAUGCCCUAUGUUUUGUUAGGAUACCGAACCACAACCCGGAUGUCUACUGGAGCAACUCCCUACCUCUUUGUCUAUGGUACCGAAGCGGUCAUACCCGCAGAGGUAGAAAUUCCCUCACUAAGGAUCAUUCAAGAAGCGGAACUAGACGAUGCAGAAUGGGUAGGAAACUGUUACGAGCAACUAGCCAUGAUAGAUGAGAAAAGAACGGUUGUAAUAUGCCACGGGCAACUAUACCGCCAAAGAAUGUCUCUUGCUUUCAACAAACGGGUCAAAACCCGACUCUUUCAAAUCGUACAGUUUGUACUCAAGCGAGUUUUUCCUGACCAAGACGAAUACAAAGGAAAGUUUUUCGAAAAAUCAAACAGGAAGACAAAUACGUUACCAACCGUUUUGCCUGCGACAAAAAGAGAAAGGCAGAUUCAACCAGACACAAUGGCCAAAAGAGCUAGAACAGAGUAA